UUUUGGCGCUGGGAACAGUUACGUUUAUUCAUGAUGCCCCAGUGUCACAGGAAAUGUGCUGGGCACCCCCAGAAGCAGAUCCAAGUGUGGCCGCAAAGCGUGCAGGGGCUCUGUCCCCACGCCCAGUGAACUCUCAGACUCAGGCGACCACAGGGGUGCAGGCGGGGGAUGGCAGCAGCCCAAGGCCCGUGCAAAGAGGCAGGAAGUGAAGCUCUGUAAAACAUUUGCUUUCGUAUUCCUCCGCGUCAGGAGACUCCGUGGCUGCUUCCGCAGGUCACGGUUUGAGGGGCGAUGGCAGAUCGGCAACUCCUGAAUGUGCGGACGGAGUUUGUGGAGCGGGUGAGCAAGCCACUGAUCUCUGGCCUGCUGGACGACCUGCUGGCCCAAGGGGUGCUGAACCUGCAGGAGGUAGACGAGGUGCAGGACCGGUACGUGGUGCGCACCGACAAGGCUCGCUGCCUCAUCGAUUGCGUGCGCCUCAAGGGCUCCAGGGCCAGCCAGAUCUUCAUCGACAGCCUCAGGAAGCGCGAUGGUGUCUUGGCAAAGCAGCUGGGUUUGGCCGCUGAGUCGGGGCCUCGUGAUGUGCAGCUGCCCGCCCCCAACAUUGAGGUCCCCACUGGGCACCCCAUCAGCAUCCAGGGCCAGCAGUGGAUCCGGCAGUGCUCCCUGAGCGAGUACCGGCACAUCAGGGACACAGAGGGAGACCAGAUCUAUCCCAUCCAUCUACCACGGGAGACGCGAACCCGUAGGGCCCUGCUCAUCUGCAACAUCGAGUUUGAGCACUUGAGCCGGCGAAAUGGGGCUGAAGUAGACAUGGUGGGGAUGACAAAGCUGCUAGAAGGGCUGGGCUAUGUGGUGGACACCCACUACAACUUAACUUCCCAGGGGAUGGCUACGGUCAUGAAGGAUUUUGCAGACCGUGAAGAGCACUGGACCUCUGACAGCACCUUCCUGGUCUUCAUGUCCCACGGGCUGAGCGCUGGGCUCUGCGGGACCAAGAGCAAAGAUGAGACCACAGACAUCCUUUCCCUCGACACCAUCUAUCAGAAAUUCAACAACCAGAACUGCCGGGCACUGCUGGGCAAACCCAAAGUGGUCAUUAUCCAGGCCUGCCGUGGAGGAAAAAGAGGGUCUGUCUUGGUGAGUGAUUCCGCAGACCCUGCUGCACCUGCUCCUGGCUCGGCUGACGCAUUCCCUGAAGGGCUGGAAGCUGAGGGAAUCCGCGAAGUCCACCUGGAGAGUGAUUUUGCCACUUUACAUGCCUCCACACCUGAUACUUUGUCCUGGAGAAGCACAGAAAAAGGCACCAUUUUCAUCCAGGUCCUGAUAGAACAGUUUCGAAACCAUGCCUGUGACAGCAACUUACAGGAGAUCUUCCGAAAGGUGCAACGCGCCUUUGAAAAGUUCCCUCGGCAGUUGCCAUCACUAGAACGGACCACACUGCUCAGGAAGUUCUACCUCUUCCCAGGCCACUGACCUCCAGCCCAUGGCAACCCCAAACUGGGCAAACUCUUCUCAGGGAGCAACAGACACCUGGCUCUGCAGCACCAAAUGCAAAGCUGAUUAGUGUCUCUCUUAACUGUUCCCAGAGCUGGUACCCAGUUGCGACAGAAACGAUCCGUCACCCCCAGAGACGCUUCCGCCCCAUCUCUGGUUUUAUCCAUCAUCUAAUAAAGAGAUUUUACAGCA